UGCCCAGGAUGCUACUCAUUUGACGAGAAAGCACAAGCAACACGGAGGUGGAGGAGUCCAUAUUCCCAGCAGUGUAUGAUGUAUCAGCCAGCAAUACUGGGUAGAAGGACAAGUUCAAUGAGACCAUGGAUGACAGCCCUUAUUGUCGCAGCUGUUGUGUUGGUUCUAGCAAUAAUCAUCGGUCUCCUGGUUUAUUUUUUGGCAUUUGAUCAGAAAUUUUACCAUUACCAAACCUCCUUCCAGAUCCCCAGUAUUGAAUAUAAUCCUGACUUUUCAGUUGAACACUCAAAAAUGAGAAGAGACCUGAAACAAAAAGUCAAUAAUGAGAUAGAUAAGAUAUUUCGAAGAUCCAGUUUAAAUCAUCAUUACAUCAAGUCUCAUGUUGUUGACUUUAGGUCAAGUAGUGACGGUUUGAAAACAGAUGUAUUGCUUAAGUUUCAGUUUGUUUCUAACAAUGCAGACAUGAUAAAAAGGCAAGCUGACAACAUUUUGCAUGAGAAAUUGCAAUUAAAUGAAAGCUUCUUGAAGAUAGAUACUUCAUUACCAUAUCUUAAAGAUAUGAAUGAAGCACAAGCAGAGCACAUCCUGAACAGCUGUUGUGGAAGAGGGAGGGAGUUUCCGUCCAUGGAAAGAAUUGCUGAUGGUCAUCCUGCAAAAAAAGCUGAUUGGCCAUGGCAAGCCAGCCUGCAAAUGGACGGCAUCCAUUUCUGUGGAGCUUCUUUGAUCAGUGAGGAGUGGCUCCUGACUGCAGCUCACUGCUUUGACAUUUACAAGAACCCCAAACUCUGGAUGGCUAGUUUUGGAACAACUCUCAGCCCUCCACUGAUGAGAAGAAACAUACAAUCAAUUAUCAUCCAUGAAAACUAUGCUGCCCAUAAGCACGACGACGACAUCGCUGUGGUGAAGCUCUCCACCCCCGUCUUAUUUUCUAAGGAUGUGGGCAGAGUCUGUCUCCCAGAUGCUACUUUUGAAGUCUUGCCUCAGAGUCCAGUGUUUGUCACUGGAUGGGGAGCAUUAAAAGCUAACGGUCCCUUUCCCAAUACUCUGCGACAAGUUGAAGUAGAGAUCAUAAGUAAUGAUAUAUGUAACCAAGUUAAUGUAUAUGGUGGUGCUAUAUCAUCAGGAAUGAUAUGUGCUGGAUUCUUGACGGGAAAACUAGAUGCCUGCGAGGGUGAUUCUGGAGGACCUCUGGUUAUAGCACGUGAUAGAAACAUCUGGUAUCUUGUUGGAAUAGUAAGCUGGGGAAUAGACUGUGGGAAAAAAAACAAGCCUGGAAUUUACACCAAAGUGACUCGUUAUCGGGACUGGAUUAAAUCUAAAACCAACAUCUAAUGCAACAAUCACCUCUAUAUGCAAAAUAUAAAUGUGGUCUCUAGCAAAUGGUGUUUAGUAUGAGUUGCCAUGGUCCAUUGUCAUCAAGUUCAAGAUGCAAAUAAGCGUGAUCUGACAACAUUCCUUUUAAACAUGAGGAAAGCAGACUUCCUUUUCCAUCAUCUGAAGUGUUUUGCUAACCAGGAGCAUACAAGAUACUGUCAACUUCACAAAGAUCUGCCACUGCUGCUAAGAUCCCAUUUGGUCAGACAAGUACCAACUGGCUAAGCAUUCUCUAUAUUUUUCCCUGACCGGGCAUGCUGCCCUUCCCUGACUCCACAGUUUUUAUCUUCCUCACUAAAUAAUCCUCAUUAAGAAUCUGUAGGCUCAAGGUACUAGACAAAUCAAGGUAAUUCGUUUGGACCAAUGCUAACACAAAUGAUGGAGAGGUGCUAGAUGUGAAAUCAGGACUUAUGAGAUGGCACUACUAUGAGUCCUUUCCCCUUUGUCCUCAGAUGCACAUGUACCUGUCUCUGAAACUUGAAAUAUAUUGACAUUUACAUUUACACCAGAAAGUACAGGUUUUAAACUCUUUAAACAACUACCUAAUAUUUACUUUGGAACAAUGAAUAAAUCUGGGGACCAGACAGCAAAACUGGAAACAUUGCUGAGCACAGGAUUCUGUUCUACGCUACCUAAAAAUGCUUUUUUGAUAUUUAGGUGAACAAAAGACAAAAUUGCUGGGCCUUUUUGUUAGAUGGAAAUGAGGAAAGAAAAGAAAUCUAUGAGCAGGAGCUACUUUCCUUCUCUAAAAAUGAGAGAAGUUUCAAACCUGAUGUAAAUUUACUUUCCACUUCUGUUUUAUUAGAACUUAAUGCAUUUUAUUUUCUAAAUAGUUUUAUUUUCUAUCAACUUCAGAACAAGUAAGGGUCCCACAGAGUAAGAAACCAAUAUAAAUUAGGUAUUCAUAAAUAAAUGAGAAGCCAAUAUAAGAUUAGACAUUCAUAAACAAUUUGAUACAAGAUUUUGAAAAAGACCUUAUUGUCUAAUAUUUAAAUUUCCUGUUAAAAAAAUGGCUAGCAUUCUCUGAAGCAUGAUAUUUUUAGAGAAUAUUCGAAUAAUUUAGGAAGCAUCUUUGGAGAGAUUUAACUUUUAUGAUAAAAUAGUCAUUUUCAUAUGUAUUUAAAUGUAUAUUUUGUGACACUAUAUAUGACUAUGGACUAGUUUGGAACAAAACUCAGGCCUUUUCUGUGCUUCUAAACAUUUGAUCCCCCCAUUCCCCAUUAUGAUUAAUUUGGCUAAUAAAAUAACUGCUGUGCUAAGAUUUUCUUCUGAGUUUUAUAUCAGCCGAGAGUCUCUCUUGU